CGACGACGACGACGAAGAGGAGGAGGAGGAAGCCGAGGCAGCUGCCUCUGGGGGCUGUGGCCCGAGGCCCCGGGCGCCCGCAGUGGGGCCCCCAUGGACGAGUCGGGGGGCGGCGCGGGGGGGGCCGCCGGGGAGAGCCCCAGCCGCGCCGUGGAGUACCUGCUGGAGCUCAAUAACAUCAUCGAAGGACAGCAGCAGCUGCUGGAGACGCAGCGGAGGCGCAUCGAAGAGCUGGAGGGCCAAGUGGACCGGCUGAGCCGGGAGAACCGAGACCUGCGUGCCGGCGCCGCGGCCGCAGCCGGAGCGGGGCCCCUGCAGGCCCGGGAGAGCCCCUACCAGAACCUGCGAGACACCCAGCGCCUGCAUCUGCGCCGCGAGCCUCGGCCGGGACACCCGCACCGGGCGCCGCCGCCGCCGCCCAUCGCCGGCAAAGCGCCCUACGCGGCCCGGGGAGAGCCCCCGCACCACCGAGGGGAGCACCAGAGGGACGGGCCUUUCGGCGGCGGCGCCCCCCCUUGCCACCUGCACCACGAGCGCGCCGUCCGGGACUGCCCCGGCAGCCGCCACCGCCCCUGCGAGGAGCCCUCUCCGUACCCGGGAGGGGCGGGCGGGGGGGCCCGAGGGGAGCAGCCCCCCCGCCGCCGCCGCCGCCGCCGCAGCAGCAGCAGCAGCAGCCCC